AUGACAGAUUCUAAUAUGAUGGUGUUGAAAAAGAAACCUGGCUUCGCGACAGUGGCCAUACGAGCUGGACAAGAUCCAGAGAAAUGGAAUUCAGCAGCUGUAACGCCACCUAUUGUCACAUCUGCUACGUACAAAAAGCCAAGUCCAUCAAAACAUAAUGGUUAUCACUAUUCGAGGACAGGUAAUCCAACCAGGAAGACGUUGGAAGAAUGUCUGGUGGCGUUAGAUGGUGGCAGCCGCGCAAUCGCGUUUGGCUCAGGCCUAGCUGCUGUGACGGCCAUAGUAAACUUGCUUCAGCAAGGUGAUCAUCUUCUAUCAAGCAGUGAUGUAUACGGAGGCACUAUGGUACGUUUCAGUGAUUCAUGUACCAGAAGCGGCAUAGAAGUAACAUAUACAGACUUCACAGAUAUAGAAUUAGUGAAAGCAGCAGUAAAAGAUAAUACCAAGAUUAUUUGGUUGGAAACUCCAACCAAUCCUUUAAUGAAAGUGGUAGAUAUCGCCGCUGUAGUUGAGGUGGCAAGAAGUCACGGUAACAUACUAGUGGCAGUAGACAACACAUUCCUUACACCGUAUCUACAAAAUCCUCUGGACUUUGGAGUCGACAUCGUCGUAUAUUCUAUGUCGAAAUAUAUAAAUGGCCAUACUGAUGUGAUAAUGGGAGCAGUGAUAGUUAAGGACGAAGAGUUGGGGAAAAGGUUUAAGUUUCUACAGGAAUCCAUGGGAGGAGUACCAUCUGCUUUUGAUUGUUAUCUAGUAAACAGAAGUCUGAAGACGCUAGCGCUUCGUAUGGAACGACAUAUGACAUCAGCGCUGUUUAUAGCUAAAUGGUUGGAAACACAUCCAAAAAUAAUUAAAGUCAUGCAUCCAGGUUUGCCAUCGCAUCCGCAGCAUGAAUUGAUGAUGAAGCAGUCACGUGGACAUUCCGGCGUAUUUAGUUUUGAUCAUUGUGGUAAUUUAGAGAAUUCGACAAAGUUCCUGCUCGCAUUGAAAGUAAUUACUCUAGCCGAUAGCUUGGGAGGUGUUGAAAGUUUAGCUGGAUCCCCAUGCGUAACAUCUCACGUAGAAUUAACGGCUGCGCAAAGAGCAGAGCUAGGCAUCACAGAUUCUAUGGUGAGAGUUUCAAUAGGACUGGAGGACCCUGAAGAUCUUCUUGCAGACGUAAAACAGGCUUUAGAAGUAGCUUUUUAA